CCUAAAUUAAAAUGAAAAAUGGUGUAUGUUCCUACCUCUGAUCUACCUACACAUGUUACCAUAAAUAUGAAAUUACAGCACUCCGUAUAUUCGGAGGCGUCACGCCGAGAACUUAAAUGACACCUGAAAUAUUAUAGCACUGAAAUUAGAUCUAGCGACAACAUAAUGUGACAAAUUACAAGUUUUACAAGUGACAACACAACGCCUCCAGACAAAUAUUGUGUGUGGAAUAAAUUUAAUGUACCUUCACGGAAUACAGAGUUAAUACAACAUCGGAGGGAGUGACACCACCGCAGUGGCUUAGCCAAAACGUAAGAUGAAAAUGGAGGAAAACCUGGCCAUAUCCGUGUUCAGGCCUCACCUGAAGGUGCUCCGUACCAGCGGUUUGUUCCAGCUGGACCCGCGGACCACUCCUCGGUCCACCUUCCUGCUGCACCAGGCCUUCAUGAGGUUCUCUCUGCUGGUGCCGCUGGUGUACGCCUCUCAGGAGGUCGUGUAUAUGUACCAGGUGCGCAGUGACACGGACAAAGUGAUAGAUUCCAUGUACCUGUUCCUGUCAUUUGUGGCCAGCGUCUACAAGCAGGUGAUCCUGUGGCUCUACGCGGAUGAGGUUGAAGGCCUCAUGGACAUUGUUAAAGGUCCACUCUUCAACCGAGACGACGAGCGACAAAAGAUGAUCCUCCGUGACUUAGCCAGGCGCGCCAAGUUCAUACACAAUUGGGCGUUCGGCCUGACCCAGGUCACGUGUGUGCUCUGGACCCUCAAGUCCAUGGUGAUGCAUCUCAGCGGCAGUGAGUUGGACUUCGCUAUCUGGCUGCCCUUUGACCACAACCACCGGACCUAUUUCUACUUUGUGCUUUUCUAUUACUGGCUGGUAACAUCGUGGCUGGGGUGCAACGACUGCAAUGCAGACCUGUUUGCUUCUGCCCUCCUCGCACAGUGCAUGUAUCAACUCAGUUAUUUGAGGAUUGAUCUAGAGACACUAGUUGAGACGAGCAAGGAGAAAGCACUAAAGGAAGGUCGAGUUUUUCAUGAUGUGUUCCAAGAAAAGUUCAAGAUGCUCUUGCUGCAUUAUAAUGAAAUUAUAAGGUUAGCCAAGGGCAUGGAAUAUAUUUUUGGUGGUUCCAUUUUUUGCCUUUUCUUGGUGACUGGCUGGAUUUUUUGCACAAGCACAUACAGAUGUGUGAAUAUUAAUCCAAUGUCUAUUGAUUUCGCAUCCAUGGUCUCAUACAUGAUUUGUGUGUUGAUAGAAAUAGCUCUUUACUGCUACUUUGGGAAUGGACUCUCCUAUGAAAGCGAGCAACUCCUCUACUCCGCCUACAACAUGGACUGGCUGCAACUGGACACUCGACACCGGCGCUCGCUGCUCAUCUUCAUGGAGCGCGUGAAGAGGCCUGUGCACACCAUGGCCGGCACCAUCAUACCGCUGUCUGCAGGCACCUUCUUGUCGAUUCUUCGAUCUUCGUACACUUUCUAUGCCGUUUUGAAGACUACUAGCGUUUCAGAACACAUAUAAAACUACUUAAUUUGAUUUAAAAUGCAUACGUACAAAAUGACAUAUAAAAGUGCUCUUAUAUACUUAUUUGACUAUCCGAGUUUUUCACAGUCGGAUAAAAAAAAAACAGUAUUAUAUACAGUAUUAUAAUUAUUUAAGCCUCUGUCCAGUAGAACGAAAGCACCUAGGUAAAAUAAUAUAAAAAUAGAUGACUUGAUAACCUUGUAUUAUUCUUACCUCUAACCCUCUUCCCAAAAUUAAUACAGUGUUGGACCUGGCCUGU